CCCAGCCAGCACAUAAACACAGAGCCAUUAAAUGAGGACCCCAACAAGCAUUAAAGCAGUGUCACUGGCAGGCAGAGCUGCACAACACACAGCAACACAAGCAGAGGCUUUAGAAGCAAACACAACCAUUUUCUCUAUACGACACCCUCUCCUACACCAGAUGACAUCUUUUGUCAUUCACCUGCUUCAACACCAGCAUCAUUUAUGGGAAAUGUGAGCUGCCCCAGUGCAAAGGUCUCAGAUAUUGAUGUGAGUGUGCCAAGAAUGUCUCUGCAGUACAAAGCCUUUGCCACAAGGUGCCGUUCCAGACUGGGAAAGCCACCAGUUCUCGCAGCCACCGGACUGCAGGGUUGGUCCUUUCAGGCAAUUUUCAUUUAGGGAAAUCUGUUUCAGUAGUAAUGGGGCUCAAAGCCAAGCGUGCUCUUCCUGCCUCCUCCCUGUACUCCCAGGGCUGGAGGACUGCUUCACCAAAAAGAAACAGUGGCAGCAGUGGCGAAGAUCAGCAAAUUGGACUCGCUUCCUUUCCCCUGAUCAGGUACAGAAACUACCAACUGCCAUACUAGAAGAUAGCACGGGGUGAAAGAAGGAGCUCUGAAAGCUGUGCAUCCUCUUCCAUUCUCUUCAUCCCCGAGGGAGCAGAAAGGGGGACGAAGGGAAACAGCUUCCUUGGAGGAGAAUUGACUAAAAGAGCAGAAUGGACCGCUUCCGGAUGAUCUUCCAGUACUUCCAGUCCAACUCAGAGUCUGUAAUGAAUGGGAUCUGUGGGUUGUUAGCCCUGGCUAGUGUAAAGAUUUAUACCUGCCUUGACUUCAGCUGCCCCUGCCUGCCCCACUACAACAUGGCAUAUGGCUUGGGGAUCAUGUUUGUGCCCCCCAUCGCCCUCUUCCUCUGCGGCCUCAUCCUCAACAGACAAUCUCUGGUGAUGAUGGAGGAGUGGAGGCGGCCACAGGGACACAGGAGGAAGGACCUGGCUGUCAUCAGGUACAUGUGCUGCUCCAUCAUGCAGCGAGCCAUGGUUGCCCCAGCUGUUUGGAUCGUGGUUACCCUCCUGGAUGGCAAAUGCCUGAUCUGCGCCUUCAGCAGCUCUGUGGAUCCCAGGAAGUUUGUGGGCUUUGCCAAUGCCACCCUGGCUCAGGCACAGGAGAUGCUCACCAGGGUGCCCUGCAAGGAGGAUGAGCUGAUGAGGAACAGCACAUCCCGCAGGGCAGUGUCCAGGUACCUGCGCUGCUGGUCCCAGGCCCUUGGCUGGAGCAUUUUGUUGAUCCUCAUCAUAGCUGUUUUCCUUGCCCGCUGGCUCACACCUUGCUUCAACCAGGCUGCCCUCCUCCAGGCACGUCACUGGAGUAACUACAUCGACAUCGAGCAGAAGAUUUUUGAGGAAACCUGCUGUGAGCACAGCCGGCUCUUUGCUCACCAAUGCAUCCUUCACUUCUUUGAAAGCAUGCGGAAAGAAAUCAGGCAGCACAGUUUUGACUUGCCUGGAGAGAAGGAGAGAGAGGAAGAUCUUCUCCGGGGCAUUACAGACCACAGUCAGGUGAACAAACUUCUGAAAAUGUGGUACUAUGAGAAACCUCCCUUGGAUGUAAGCCAGGCAACCCACAGACAUCCUCUGGAGCAAGAGAGAUCUCCUCCACCCUGGGCAGGUAGCUGCAGUGCCAGGUCUAAAUUCACCCAGCACACCCACAUGUGAAGGGGAGAUUGUCCUGAAGUCAACACAGCUGUGUCCAGCAGAUGGAUGGCCACAGUGCUCACCUCUUCUUCCAGAACCCCAGGUCCAAAGGCUGAGCUCUGGGGCACCCAGCAGAACAUCCUAGCAGAACUAGUAAGACUCAGCUCUCAAAAUCCCAGAGUUCCA